AUGCGUUUAAAGCCCGGGAGGCCCCCACUGCUGCUAACGACACUCCACCCCCUUCUUCACCAUCGAGUCCCGUAUUCCAGCGUUGAGCAAGGCCUGUUUGAUCGUCCUCUUCACCGUCUUCGAUCCUUCUUCGCAAGCAAACGGCCUUCUGUCAGUCCAACGACCGGCUGUACUGAGAUUAUUGCAGGGGUAACACUCUCAAUACACAGCAACCGGAAUCGUUCAAAUGCCUUUUACUAUGUUUCCUCUAAUUUCAAAUCUCCAUACGAGGUGCCAAUUCGCCCGGUCGACUUUGAGUCAUCCACCAAUUUCGCCGCCUACAAGCGAAACUCACACUCUCUCUCACAACACACUGACCACCAGUCUAUACCAAGCUCCCUUCUUGAAGCUCUACAGAAGGCUAUUCGCGGAGAAAUCCAGCCUCGGACACCCACGCAGCCGCUUAGUUCUACUGUCGAACUUGGCAUCAGCGGACUUGUUUCCCGGUUGAACAAAGCAUUCCCUCUUGAUCACCAUACUCGCGUAGCGCCAACCCCAGCUCAACCCGAGGAAUCAACUGUUAUUAAUUGCCAGCGUAUUUUUGCUGCCGCCGACAACCUCGCUGAGCUUAAAGCUAUCGCUAUUCAGCUAGAUAUUCAAAUCGCAAAAAUCGUCAAACCCCAAACCGACACUAUGGCUGGUAGACUCCCCGCUCUCAGUACUUCGGACUUGCCCCCAGCAUCUGUUCAGGAAGCUGCAACGACCGCAUCCCCUGCUCGAGGCUCUGCUAUGUUGAACAACAUCUUUAAGCAAGUGCGUGUUCCCGAAUUUCGCUUCAAGUGGCAAUUCUGGGCGGAAAAGGGCCAGCAAGCUACGCCUGCGGUCAAAUCAGCCACUGCCGGCGCUGAGGAGUACGCUUCCCGCCCCAAGCAGCUCGGCGACCCCAUCAUUUCCAUCAAAGGAUUCUAUGAGCACUUCAACAACAUCCCCAUCGACAAUUUGAAGUUGCGAGACUCGAUCCACCUCUUCCACACGGGUGUGAAGCCGCUUUGGGAGGACCCUAGGAACACGCGUGGUGGUGCUUGGUACUUUCGUAUCAGCAAGGAGAACGCUGCUGCGUUCUGGCACGAGAUCUGUCUGCUGGCUGUUGGCGACGUUCUCCAGCAUGCCGUGGAGACAAAACGAGAUGCGUUCAACGACGACAUCUGCGGCGUGACCUACAGUGUGCGAUGGAACGCUGUUCAAGUGGCCGUAUGGACUCGAGAUGCCAGCAAUGAGGCUGGUAAAGAGAAGCUAUUGGAAACCAUUCUCGAGAAGCUCUCCAGUGAGCUGGUGCCCAAGAAGGAUGCAUGCUGGUACAAGGCGCACGCUGCCCAUAAAGGCUUUGCUGCCCCCUCUUAG